GAGGGGGGGAAAACAAAUCUUACAAAUCAGUUCUGUUUGACCUUCCAACAAAUGUUGGUCCACCUUACUGGUGGAAGGAGUGGGUGAAUGUUUCUGGGGAGACCCUCUAAAAAGAGGUAUACAAGGCAUUUUGAGGCUUUAAAAUCCUCUUUGGGCUUAAAUAGAGAGCUGGGGAGAAGGCCAAGCAAGCAUACCUGUCACAUUUUUAGAUAUGGCAACCCCAAAAUUUAGAAGCAUAUCCUUUCCUGGGCAAGGUUAAUCUUUUCAAGUUUGACUCGGACUUAAAUGAGAGUCUCGCCAACCAUGUUCAAAAGGUCCCAGAAUCCAUAGAGUUGGAUACAAAUCAAACUCCGCAGGCCGGAACGGAACCCCUUUCCGUACAGACGGACGCGUGUUUCCGAGAGGCCGUUCCAUCGUGGGUAGCCGAGACUGCAGUACGUCCUGCCGGAAGCCCUGGAGUUUAAGUCGAGCCAGAUGCAUUCCAAUUCUUGAAGGGCAACUUUCCAAAAUGGAAAGAGCAAAUCAAAAAUCAGGGGACCCAAAGAAAGAGGGUGGCACUCUAGCCCAGGUGUACAUCUAUCCGAGUGUAGACUAGAUAUAGGCACGAAAAAUAAGUGCAUGUGUUUCCCAGCUCAGCUUUCCUGAGGUGCUCUGCUAUCUGCAAGUUAUGCCCUUCAAGGUCAGAGAAAUUUGCAUCCCAGCGGUAGCCCUCGUGUUCGGUGGCAUGGGUUUCGUAGUCUGCAACUUGAUCAUCACCCUGCUGUACUGGAGAGUGUGGCACUAUAACAGCCCCGUGGUCGUCACGAUGUGGUUAGGCCUGUGGAACUACUGCUAUCUGCCCAGAGAUCCCACGGACCCCCUCAACACUCUCAAGAAGGUCUGCGUGAAAAUGAACACAUCCUGGGAUUUCCCCCUGGAGAUCACACUGAGUCAGGACUUGAUGUCCUUUGCCAGCCUUCUGGAAGGAGUUGCCUUUCUGUUUGUUCUGAUGGGACUCUCCUGUACGUUAAAGAAGGAGCCUUACCCAGAAUUCAUCAAAUGUUGCUACCAGGUGAGCGGGAGCUUCCUGACCCUGGGUUGUACCAUUGUUCUGGGCACGAUAUUCUGGAAUUUCUACUUGGAUUCCAUCAACAGCCACUUCACCUAUCCCACCGCCUUCCUUCUGACUGACUUCCCGGUGAAGAGGGAGAUUGGCGGAGCCAUCCCGCUAGGGAUGGUAUCGUCCCUGCUGGUCUUACAGAGCGGGGCUAUCUUACUCGCCCACGGCUGUGGGGUCAAGGCAAUCAGGCAAAUCCAGCCCGUGGACAUUUAAAGAGGACUCCUUCCGACAAGAUGAGCGGUCUGCCGCCGUGCAAAGAUUCCCUUUUCCUGCUUCACCAUUUUACAGCGGAUGAACGCUGCAGAGACAGAGGGAGGGACCGACGACAUCUUCAUCUGGUAAUUUAGCAUUUUGUUCAUUAAAGUUAGCGCUUCACAUUUUG